UGAUCUCUGGCGAGUGUUCCCGGCGGAGAGAGAAACCUCCCCGGCCCCCCCGUGCUCCCAGUCCGAAUCCCAACCGAAUCCCCACCGCGGAACCCUCCCUCCCUCUCGCGGACUAAUCCCCUGAUUAAUCCCCCUUUAAUUCUUUAAUUAGGACAGCCACGCACCUCAUCUCCCUUUGGCAUAAAAGGUGCGCAUCGAGAGAGCGAAAACGAGAAGAAACUUUCUUUGCUUUCGUCCGUUGCUUCAGUGUGAAUCGCUCUUUUCGAAUGAUGUUCGCUCGUUUCCAAGUGUCCGGUUGAACGCGUCGCUGAAAACAGACGCUGGAUUUUUGGUGUUCUUGUUUUUCCAAUUUCUCUUUCGAUCAACGAAGAAAGUAAAAGUGCGUAAAUAAGUGGUUCCUGCUCUCGCGAAAGUUGACAACAGCUUCGAAGAUGAAACGCCAAAGAAGUGUUAAAGAAACAAAACGUAGUUCGGUUCCGCAUUCAGGGAUGGCCGCCCUCUCUCGCUCCUCAGCAAGGACCUCCUCUUCCUCCUCCUCCUUCCGCUCCUUCUCCUCCUCUUCCUUUCCGUCCUCCUUCCUGCUGAGGGCGUCGCGACUGCUCGUGGUCGUGGCGCUGGUGUCGUGCCUCCCGCCCUCCGCCUCCGCCGCGUCCGCCGCCCGGAGAUCCAACUCCCGCUUCCUCAAACUCGCCGACAGGAACUACACUCGCGUCUACCGCGCCCUUGACGAGGGCAUGAGGAACACUCGGCGGCUCGAGGACGCCUACAGGAGCGUAGAGCAAGGCCGCGCCCUCAACGUCUUCGACGUGGCCCGCGCCAUCGUCCCAGAUAUGGACGAUAAUGAUAAUUCUCACGAGGCGCUUGUCGUCCUCAUGAACGCACUCUUGCAAGACAAUGCGAUAGACUCGAGCCUUGAUAACCACAUUGCCGGCGGGGACGCAGGGCUGGGCGCCCCCGGCUCCUCGCUGGCGGGCGGCGGGGGCGGCAACGGGUCUGAGCUCGCCACGACGCCCGCCCCCAACGGCACGCAGACCCGAGGCAUCUUCGACUUCAUUCCGAAUCCCUUUGGUGAGUAAAACGGUCUCUUUUCGUUGGACUUUUGGUGGUCUUCCCACCCGCAGUUCAGGUCCCUUCAGGUAAGUUUGUGAAAGUUUAUCGAAGGGUAAGUGUUUAAGUAUUGUGCA